AUGGAUUCAAAUAUAAUUUUAGAAUGCUUUACAGGAACGUUGCAAAAUGAUCCAAUUUUAAGAAAUCAAUCUGAAAAUAAACUAAAAGAAUUAUCAGGUUUAAAAGGAUUUUUAAGUGCCUGUCUAAAUAUAAUUGAAGAUGAAUCAACACCAAUUCAUGCCAAAAAAGCUAGUGCUGUGUUUUUCAAAAAUAGAAUUAUUAGAUUCUGGACCUCAAAAGAUCAUUCAAUUUAUAGAAUUGAAAAAGAUGAGAAAACUUUGGUCAAAAAUAGAAUUAUAAAUGUUUUAAUAGUUAGUGAUUAUAACAUUAAACAACAAUUGAUUCCUGUUUUAAGAUUAUUAAUUGCAAUUGAGUUUGAUAAAUGGGAUGGUAUUCUUGAGCAAACUGGAAAUUUAUUACAGCAACAUGAUGAAGAAACAUUGUAUACUGGUAUGUUAUGUUUUUCUGAAAUUACUAGAAAAUUUAAAUGGUCAGAUAAUAUAAGUAGAAAAGAAAGAUUAUAUCCGAUUAUAGAACAAGCGUUUCCGUAUUUAUUAAAUGUUGGAGAAACAAUUUUGUCUGAAGAUAUUAAUGAGCUCAGGGCCGAAAUCUUAAAAUUAAUUUUAAAAUGUUAUAAAUUUGUUACAUAUUAUGAUUUGCCAGAACCUUUAAGAGUUAAGGAACAAGUUUUAAAUUGGUGUAAAUUACAUUCACUGGUUAUGAAUUUAAAACCACCAUCGUAUAUUUUAUCACCAAAUUUGUCAGAACAAGAAAAGUGUUUCUUUCAAAUUAGUAAAUGUUAUAAAUGGUCAAUUGCAAAUAUUUACAGAUUAUUUUCACGUUAUGCAUCAGGUGCUGCUCAAUUGAGUAAAAAAUUUAAUUAUAAUGAAUUUAGAGAAGUAUUUGGUAAAGAAAUUAUACCACAUUUUAUAAGUCAAUAUUUACAAAUAAUUGAACAAUUCUGUAAAAAUGAAAGAUGGUUAUGUAUGACAAGUUUAUAUCAAUUAAUUGAAUUUCUUGAUCAAUGUUUAAAUGAUAAAUCAACUUGGUUAAUUAUAAAACCUUAUUUUGAAACAAUUGUUUCACAUUUUAUUUAUCCAACAGUUAUACCAAAUGAUCGAUAUUUAGAAAUCUAUGAAGAAGAUCCUCAAGAGUAUAUUAAUUUAGUUUUUAAUCAAGGCGAAGAAACUUUAGAAGGUUCAGCAUUAGUUUUUAUUCAAACAGCAUUAUAUAAAAGACCAAAAACAUGUCUUGAACCAAUAACGUCAUUUUUAUUUAAUAAAUUAACUGAAUUAUGCAAUUUACAAGAAGAUCUAGAGGUAGCAAAAAAGAAAGAAGGUGCUUUAAGAAUUUUAGGUGCAAUAAAUAGUAAUUUACCAAAAGAUUUGAUGAUUGAACCAAUGUUAUCAUCAUUAGUAAUACCCAACUUAAAUUCAAAAUUUGAUUUUUUAAAAGCAAGAGCUAUUGAAGUGGUUAGUGAAUUUUCUGAAGUUAAUUUUAAUUCAGAAAGUUUGUCUGUUAUAAUUCAUGGUAUUUUGAAAAGUUUUGAUACUGUUGAUUGUAGUUUACCUGUUCAAUUUGAAAGUGCAUUGGCUAUUCAAGCAUUUAUUAAUAAUGGUGAUUUUAAACAAGUUUUAUCAAAUAUUGUAUUACAAGUUAUGUCCAAAUUAUUAGAAUUAUCACACGAAAUAGAUAAUGAUGCGAUUUCAGCUGUUAUGCAAGAGUGUGUUGAAAAUUUCAGUGAACAAUUACAACCUUUUGGAGUUGAUUUAAUGACUAAAUUAGUAUCACAAUUUAUGAGAUUAGCUGUUGAAAUUAAUGAUGCGUCUCAAGUUGAUAUUGAUGAAUUCGAUGGAAAUUAUGAAGAUCAAGGAGACAAAUCAAUGGCAGCUAUUGGAUUUUUAAACACCAUGAUUACAGUUUUAUUAUCAUUUGAAAAUUCAGUUGAAAUAUGUAUGAAAUUAGAAGAAAUCUUUUCUCAAGUUAUAAAAUAUGUUUUUGUUAAUCAAUUAGAUGAAUUCUUUGCUGAAGUUGGAGAAUUAAUUGAAAAUUCUACAUUUUUAUUAAGAACAAUUACACCAAUAAUGUGGUCAAAUUUUGAAUUAUUAUAUCAAUCAUUUGAAAUUGGAGCAGCAGCAAUGUAUCUAGAAGAAUUAUUACCAAGUUUACAAAACUUGUUAAUAUUUGGUGAGCCAAAUCAACAACAAAUUCAACAAUUCAAUAAAAUAUUUGAAAUUACGACUAGUGAAGUAGGUGAAGAUGUUGGAUAUAAUGAUUUACUUUCAUCAUUCGAAUAUGCACAAACAUUUAUUUUAAGUUUGAAAGAACAAUCAGUACCAUACCUUUCAAACAUUAUAAGAAUUGUGUUAAAAAAUUACUCAAUUGGUGAUAAAAAAGAAACUAGAAAUUCUUUUGUUAUAAACUGCAAUAAUGUAAUUAUUUCAUCAUUAAUUUAUGAUCCAAAUAAUGUAUUACAAAUCAUUACAAAUUCAGGAUUUGCUACAAAAUUUUUAUCAAGAUGGUUUGAAAUUAUAUCUAUAUUGGAAAGAGUAUAUGAUCUUAAAUUAUCAGCACAAGGAGUAAUGACAUUAUUAACAUUGGAAUUUGAUGAAUCAACAACCAUACAAUUGUUUAAAAACUUGUUAAUACUUUUAAAGAACUUACCAAGUGCUAUUGAGAAAUUGGAAAAUAAAAGGAAGAACUUUAAUGAAGCAAUACCUGUUAAUGAAUGGGUAGAUGAUGAAGGAGAUGAAAAUGAUCCCCAAAUAAUCAUCACAAAGGAAGAUCGAGAGAAAUGGGAAGAUGCGCAUACAGGUGAUAAUGAUGCACUUGAUCAAUAUAAAAACUAUUUACACUUAGAAGAAGAAAAAUUAAAGAACUCAGAGUUUUUUGAUGAUGAUGAAUAUGUUUUUGAAGAUCCAUUAGUUACAACUCCACUAGAUUCAUUAAAUAUUUUUCAACUUUUCAAACAAUUCAUUAAUGAAUCACCAAAAUCUCAAACUUUAGUGUCUACAUUAAAUGACAAUGAUAAAAAAUUUAUAGUAGAUUUAAUGACCAUUGCAUAA